GGGGAACGGGGGGGGAGAAGCGGCACCGUAAUUCGCGCGAUGACAGCCGGAUUCUUCUUUGCGCGGCAACGGCAUUUCUGCCGGGAUGUUUCUGCGACCGCGUGGCCGAGGCCAAGGGCAAGAUGGACGGGCUACCGGAACCGUGCACGCUCAGGGGAACAACGUACACGCUGACCGACGAGCGAGGUACGCCCUGCGGAUCCGCGUCGCUCCACCUCAGACUGUCGUGCUUCGGGAGCUCCAUUGUGGAUCACCUUGCGAUUCGCGAAGGAUCGCUCGUAUUUGAAGGUUUCCCGCUCGGUGAGAAGUUUCGCCGCGCCGAAAGCGACGAAGGCCAAGACGAGGCCAAGAGAGCCAGAGAACACGACGACGACGACGACGACGACGACGGUACCCGGUUGCCGUCGUCGCCGAGCAGCAGCGCUCCAAAAGCGCGCGACCGCCGAGAAGACCGCACGGACACGAGCCCCGUGUUAACGAGGCUGCGGUCGCCGCCGCGGGUGUCGAUAGGCCAGCCGGGUUUCGAGAAGCUGACGAGCGCCGAGAAACUCAACGAUCGCAGAUACCGCGCUUUGGUUUACGCAGCUUAUCCCGACGAGCCCACUUGCUCGUGCCUACCGACGCACCGUUCGACGCAUCCUCUCGUGUGUCGCUCCGGGUGCCUCCGUUCUUGCUGCAUGGCUCUACGGAAUCCCGAUAUCCUCAAGAGCAACGGCGACGACGUGCGGUACGCCGCCGAGUCGCCUGCAACCGACCAGUGUCUGAAGUCGAGCGACGUUGAGGAAGGAGUCAAGCGUCGUCCCGACGAUCCCGCGAGGAUGAGAGGCGGUGGCGACAAGGGAGGCAACCACGUCGCUAAACGCGACGUGGUUCGAUUGCGUUCGUGGAACGACGGUGAUUACGUCCAGUUGCGGCCACGUUUGAUGGGCGGGAGCGAGGACGCGCAUCCGCCUUCCGAAAUGGUUACCACCGUCUUGUACGAGAAGAACAAGGAAACGAGCCAAGGCGCCGUGUGCAAACCCCGCCCGAGACCCGCGGACGGGCCCACGAUCGGAUGCUACUGUCCGGGGAGAGAUCCGUUGCCCGGAAGAACCGGCACGACUAAGUGCGCGAAAAAACCAUGCGUGGGUGCGGACUGCAUGAUACGCGCUUUCAGGGAGGCUCAGAAUUUCGUAGACUCCCUCGGCAAAGUGGCAGGCUUGGCGGGUCUCGGUCUAAUGGAUCCAUCCGAAAGCCCUUACUUCGGCCGAGACGCGAUCGCGAGAGAUCGCGAUUUCAGAGUCCUGGAGACGCCGAGGCGAGGUUACCCCGCGGCGGUGGCAGCAACGGUGGCUUCGCCGACCUUGCGAUGCACCGCUCCGCAAUGCAACGCUCAAAUCACUAAAGUCGCCCCCCCUCCGGUAUACCCCUACGUUCCCGUCACCGCGACGACGACGACGAUCGCGGCACCGGGACGCGCCGGCGGUGUCGUGCGCGAGGCGGUGCCGACGUUGCCGACGGAAGCGCCGUUGCUCCCGCUUGGCGUCAGGUCGAAGAAGAAAGAGGACAAGAAGGAAGCGGAGAAGGCGGAGAAACAGAAGGAAGCGGACGUCGCGACGUCCGCGCCGUCGGACGUCGAAGUCGGUCCCUGUGGUGAGCCCAAGUGCAAAUCCCGACGGAGGACACCCGACGGAGGCAACAGUCGGCCGGCGCAGCCGGGCAACGCGAACGCGAAUUCGCAGAAAACGCGGACGACGACGACGACGACGACGACGACGACGAUGGAGCAGCAGCAGCAACCGAAACCACCGACGAGUACCGCGAUUCCCGUGAGGAGCACCGACGCCGGCAAACCCGGUGGUGAAUGGGGCCGAUAUCCGAGGAGGAAGCCGAGCCCGGGUCCUGCUGGCGACCGCGACGCCGGGAAGGUGUUAAGGCUCCCCCCCGUUAAGGUUAGCAAGCGAGUGAUGCGUUACGUUUACACGAUCGGCGAGGUUUACCCCGGCAUCACUUUCGGCCACAAGAACUGCAUUGAUCCGCGAAUGCGCGUGCCGGCGAACAUGGGCUGGUUGUGGAACACGAGAGACACAGUGGGCAAACUAAAGCCGCGAAUCGGCUGGAGACCAGGCGCGAUCGAACGUUAUCUGUACGAGUUGCUGAAGGAGGCUAAGGCGGGCUCCCUGGAGGACAGCCGAGCGAGGUCGGUGUCCUCGUACACCAUCGUUCGCCGUGGCAAAACCUACAAAACCAUCAACUACCCGUCGGCGAAGCAGACGAAGGAGGGUGAGGAGGAGAUGGAGCCGCCGCCGACCCUGCAUAUUCAUCGGAAGGACGGCACUUACUACGUGACCAUGUACCCGAUCAAGGGGGAGACGACGGAUUACACGCCGCGGCUGGAGGAGCCGACGAAGCCGCUGCAGUUCAAGAUUGCGAGAAGCCGGAACGACGCGUCCGUAGCGUCGAGCUCCACGGCGUCGGACAUGGAGAUCGAGUUCUCACCACCCGCGGCGGUCAACAGGUACCGCAGGAAGCCGGACGUGGUUCAUGUGGACACUCAAGUGAGGCAGCAGGAGAUAUUGGACGCCCUCAAGCCGGCUGAAACGCCCAGAGUGAAGAAGGAGAAGAAAGGGAAGAUCGAGAAGAAGGAAAAAAGACGGAAGAGAUAACAAAGCCGUUGCGAGAAUUCUGCUCUACGUUGCGUUGCGUGUGUGUAAGCCGACGAGCGAUCUCGACAAGGGA